CGUGAGCUGUCGUCUCGCCCUAUACUCACGUUUUUUUCAGAAUCGAUUUUACGCUACGCGAGCAAUGUCUCGUCCUAAGAAGAAGCUGAGCUGCGCGUUUCCUAACUACGAAGACAUCUCGAAUUGGAAUGUCCAUCGGUUGCUCCAGUGGUUACGACAGAAUGGUCUACACAGCAGCAUUGACACGUUUGCCGAGGAGAGAAUCGACGGCAGAACUCUGUUGUUCAUGACUGACACUGAGCUGAACUCUAAGCGACGGAUCAAUGAAAAAGACAAGAAAAAGUUGGUGAAAGCCCUUGCUAUUCUACCAAAUAGCCAGAUCAGUCGGCAGCCAGGAAUAAUGACAAGACUCAGAGGACAACUGAAAAAGAAAAUUGGACGAGAUGACUUGGGAGCUCCACCACCUGUUCCUCAAGCAGAUUACUAUACUGCGAUGGAUGACGUAGUGGGUGGAGGAGGAGGUGGAGGUGGAUGGGGUUCUGAUGAAUUUGAGUCGUCUGAUGAUUCUGAAUAUGAGGAGCCACCAGAAGAUUGCAGUGUACCAGAAGGGAUUGCAGAUAGAGCAAAAAAGUUUCAGAGCAUCCAACAAAAGUUUCAAGCUGCAGGAUUUACAUUGCCUGCACAGCAACAGGGAGUGUAUGAGGUGGAUGAUGAAGAGAUAUAUGAUGCUCCUGAGCCAGAUGAUAUAGACUCUCAUCGUGAAUACUUAGCGGAUGAAAGUUUAUAUGUUCCACCACAAGGCACGGAUGAACUGGAAACAUACGAAGUACCAGAGAUAGAAGCAAAUCCAGCACCCGGUAAAAGGCUUCCGCGUAGAAUUCCUCCACCAAUAAGGACUCAACAAGAAGGAUAUUUUUCAAACCAGCCCAUGUCACCAACUGAGCCACCACCACCUGUAGAUUAUUUUGGAUAUGGUGGUCCAGAGGGAGUCUAUGAUCUACCACCUGACGCUGAUGAUGAUGUUGAAGUCCAACCUCCCCUUCCUCCUGUUAUAUCAAAGCCUUCUCUUCCUGCACGAUUUGGUGAUCCAGCCUUUUCAGAUCCACAGAAACCAAGUGGCAAUGUUGCUCAAAAGAUGAAUCUAUUUACAUGUGGAGGUCCAAAAUCACUUCUGCCUAGACCAGGAGAGGAUUCUAAAGACAAACUACAAUCUGGCUUGCCUAAGGAACCAAGUCUUCCUGAUCGAAGCACAAAACCCAAUCUGGGUGGGCAUGGUGGUAGAUUAUCACCUGCUCGCUCAAAACCACCACGUUUGCCAAGUAAAGAUGACUCAGUUGAUGAUGUGAGGGAUAUGGCUUUGCCACCUAGGCCAUCACUGCCUGCUCCUGGUCUUCGUCCAACUUUUGAUCAUUUGAAGGAAACACAGUUUCAUGAAGGGAGAGAAUUUCAUCCACCUGCUCCAGGUAGGAAUUGUAAGCCUACUAUGCCAAGUAGAGACACAAAACCAGCAAUGCCGUUUCGAGGGAGUAAGCCAGCACUACCAUUUAUGGAUGCAAAACCACCAUUACCAGCUACAGACACUAAGCCACCAUUACCAGCUACAGACACUAAGCCACCAUUACCAGCUACAGACACUAAGCCACCAUUACCAGCUACAGACAAUAGACCACCAUUACCAGCUACAGACAAUAGACCCCCAUUACCAGCUACAGACAAUAGACCACCAUUACCAGGUAUGGACGCAAUGUCAUCACAACCAGGUAUGGAAGUUGUACCUGGAAGACAUCCAAAGCCUUUUCUGCCAGGAAGGGACACAAAACCUGUUCUGCCAGGAAGAGAUUCAAAGCCUGUUUUACCAGAUGGAGAUUCAAGGUUUAUGUUGCCAGGAAGAGACUCAAAGCCUACUGUACCAGAUGGACGUUCAAAUUCCAUAUUUUCUGGAAGAGACAUGAAGCCUGUCGUACCAAGUGCAGAUUUGAAGCCCACAUUACCUGUUAGAGACUCGAAACCCGUCUUACCAGUUGAGGAUUCAAGGCCUGCAUGUCCACCUCCUGCACCAGGUCAAGAUUCAAGGCCUGCAUUUUCACCUCCCCUACCAGGUCAAGAUUCAAGGCCUGCAUUUCCACCUCCUGUACCAGGUCAAGAUUCAAGGCCUGCAAUUUCACCUCUCCUACCAGGUCAAGAUUCAAGGCCUGCAUUUCCACCUCCCGUACCAGGUGGAAAAUCAAGGCCUGCAUGUCUACCUCCUGUACCAGGUGGUAAUUCAAGGCCUGCAUGUCUACCUUCUGUACCAGGUGGAAAUUCAAGGCCUGCAUUGCCAGGAAGAGACACAAAGCCUGUCAUACCAGGUGGAAAUUCAAGGCCUGCAUUACCAGGAAGAGACACAAAGCCUGUUAUAGCCGGAGCAGAUUUUAAUCCUGCUAUAUCAGAAAGACGGGGCAGUGAAGACAACAGAUUUACUGAACAACCAAGCAACAUGCAGGAGAACGGAGUCUUUGGAAGAGGUACUGCCAAUGCUCUUAGUGACGAAAAGCCACGGCGACCAGUAUCACCAAAACCAAUGAAGAGAAACAGCUCACCAACUGAGCGGCAGCCACCAUUACCUAUUUCUGCAAAGCCAAGCAUUUUCCCGCCUAGUGUACGUCACAACAGCUCAUCGACUGAGAGACAGCCACCAUUACCUGUUUCUUCGAAGCCGAAUGUUCGUAUGAAUCAAAACAUAUCGCCUGUUGAGCAGCAACCACCAUUACCUGUUUCUCCGAAGCCAAAUGUUCGUUCAAUUGGCACGAAUCGAAGCACCUCGCCUGUUGAGAAUCAGCCACCAUUACCGGUUUCUGCAAAGCCAAAUAGUCUUAUGCCCAGUGCCAAUUAUCCAUCAAGUUUCAAACCACCACCAAUGAAACCUUUCUCAUCUGCUAAAGAAAAGAAAUUGGAAGAUUAUGAUUGGUUUCAAGGUGAUAUUGACAGAAAGGCAUGUGAAGCUGCACUAAAGAGAAGCAGUCAGGAUGGGCUAUUCAUGGUGAGAAACAGCAAAAAUUAUCCAGGAGAAUUUUCUAUUUCGUUUUUCUAUAAAGGAGAAAUAAAGCAUCUUAGAAUUCGGAAGCGUCCAGACAACAUGUUUUCAGUGGGCGCGGAAAAAGCCAACGAAAAGGCUUUUAGGAAUGUCGUGGAGUUGGUGGACUUCCACCAAAGUGAACCUCUUUCUCUCAAAACUGGUGGAUUGAUGAAACUGAAACACGGGUGUCCACUCUGAACUACUUUGCACCGAUCCAUUACAGACAAUGGUAAUUAAAUUAAAUACUUUGUGUAUCUAAUCUGUUGAGUUGCAUGACAACCACAUGCAAAUUUAUAGCUAGAAUUCUGUCAAAUAUACUUUAAUUUAUAGAA